UCCCCCGCGUCUCUCCCCCGCCGACCUCCUUAUAAUUCUCCGUUGAUAUCUCAGACACGAUUGGGUGAUGUCAGACAAGUUCUCCGCCACGCUUCGGAUUGGAGACCUCAACGACUACAUAGCUCCGUCUCAGGCUUGCAUAGUCUCCCUCAAAUCCACCUCCACAAAACCCUCCGAUCAAUCCCAGGUUUCAACUCCCAGCAAGCAAUUGAAUACCGAACCCGUCAAAAUUUCACUCAAAGAUUGCUUAGCAUGCAGCGGGUGCAUAACAUCUGCGGAGACAAUUAUGCUGGAGAAGCAAAGUUUGGAUGAGUUUCUUUUGAAUAUUGAUAAAGGAAAAGCUGUCAUUGUCUCCCUAUCUCCCCAAUCAAGAGCGUCGCUUGCGGUUCAUUUUGGGAUUUCACAACUUCAGGUUUUUAGGAAAUUGACAACUCUUUUCAAGUCCUUGGGCGUAAAGGCUAUAUUUGACACAAGUUGCAGUAGAGAUUUAACUCUUGUUGAAUCUUGUAAAGAAUUCAUCACAAGGUACAACAAAGCAACUGAUGAUGAAAGCCGCAAAUCUUUUUUGCCCAUGAUUUCAUCAGCAUGUCCAGGUUGGGUAUGCUAUGCUGAAAAAACUCUUGGAUCCUAUGUACUGCCUUAUAUUUCUUCAGUGAAAAGUCCCCAGCAAACAAUGGGAGUUAUUGUUAAAAAGCAUAUCUGCCAAGAAAUGGGUCUUAGGCCAGAUGAUGUUUACCAUGUAACAGUGAUGCCUUGUUAUGAUAAGAAACUUGAGGCGUCACGCGAUGACUUUGUAUUUAAAGUUGAUCAAGCCAAUAGUAAUGAAAAUGGAAGUGUUAGCGUUAGCGUUUCAGAGGUAGAUUCAGUGUUGACAACUGGAGAAGUUUUAGAUCUGAUUCAGUUAAAAGGUGUUGAUUUUGAGGGCUUAGAAGAGUCUCCUCUUGAUAGCAUGUUGACAAAUUUUAGAGAUGGACACCUUCACGGAGUCCGUGGAGGCUCAGGGGGUUAUGCAGAAACAGUUUUCCGAUAUGCUGCUAAAGUCAUCUUUGGAAGAGAAAUUGAAGGCCCUGUGGACUUCAGAAUUAUUAAAAAUUCGGACUUCCAGGAAGUGACUUUAGAGGUGGAAGGGAGGACUGUAUUGAAGUUUGCACUAUGUUAUGGUUUUCGAAACCUGCAAAAUGUUGUCAGGAAAAUCAAGACUGGGAAAUGUGAUUAUCACUUUCUAGAGAUCAUGGCAUGCCCUUCAGGUUGCUUAAAUGGUGGAGGACAGAUUAAGCCGAAACCUGGGCAAUCUGCAAAGCAGUUGAUUCCGUUAUUACAAGCAGCUUAUGCAGACAAUGUUUUGGUAUCUGAUCCUUUUGGAAAUCCAAUGGUGCAAAGCUUAUACAACGAGUGGCUUGAGAAACCUGGUUCAGAGAAGGCCAAGCAACUCAUGCACACAGAGUACCACCCUAUAGAGAAAAGCAUAACUUCUCAGUUGCACAAUUGGUGAUGAAUAUCCCUGCUUGGACAUCCAGUUUUCUCAACAAGAAGCGAACAUGCCUAGGCAAUCGGGGUUGUGUAAGAAGGCUCAUGACUGGGAUGCGUCAAAUUUUGAUAUAGGGAACCGAUAAUUUUUUUUGACAAUUUUUUUUGCCAACUAAUGUCAUGUACAGUAUAUAGAGAACUUAGUGAAUAGAAGAAAAGAAUCAAUUGCAUUAUUUACAAUUAUCAUAUUUCUGUCA